AUGUCUGUUCUUGUCUUCAAGGACCCUACACCUUCUGAGACGAAUCCGCCGCCAUCGAUCACAACGUCUACCGCUAUUAUCCAUAGUAUAUACGACCCGAGCUCCAUCCCUCCGAAGCCGAGUGAGGGCAAUUGGACGCGAUUCGUUUGUAUCAGCGACACACAUCAGCAUGUAUUCCCAGUGCCUGACGGUGAUGUGCUGUUGCAUAGCGGUGACCUCACUGGAACUGGGACGCUCAGAGGGUUCAAGAUCACGAUGGAUUGGCUAUAUGGGUUGACCCAUCCGCUGAAAAUCAUCAUUGCAGGUAACCACGACCUUACUCUGCACGAACCGUGGUAUGAAACUAGUUUCUACAGAUGGCAUCAGAGCAAAGAGAAUACGACCGCUAUUCGAGAUCUUGUGAGUGGGGAGGCUGCACGAAGGGCUGGGGUCGUCUAUCUCGAAGGCGAGACAUAUGAUUUUCAAACCCAUGAUGACGGGCGGAUUUGGACCGUUUACGGUUCUCCAUGGUCUCCAGAUUUCUUCAACUGGGCAUUCAAUUACGAUCGGGGUCAAGAUGCAGAUGAGUUGGUUGCGAAGUUUCCAAAGACGGACAUCUUGUUGACCCAUGGCCCUCCACAUGAGAUCCUUGACAAAGUCUCCGAUGGCCUUAGUGUUGGAUGCGAAUCGCUUCGCGCGCGCCUCCCAGAACUGAGGCCUCGGCUCCAUGUCUUUGGCCACAUACACGAAGACCACGGUGUUCAGGUUGGCGAAUGGGCCUCGGCUUCUGAUCUCGAAAGUUCGACAUCAGGACAGACUACAGACUUGGAUGGAGGUACCGAACGCACCGUAUUUGUGAACGCGGCCAAUUGGCCUGCAGGAAGACGGAUACAGACCGGCGAACGGAUACCAUUUGCAGGCCGAGGUUUCCAGCCCGUGAUCGUUGACUUGCGCGAUGAUCCAUGAUUUCUUGCCCUGCGAUUCGUUCUGUGCUCUUAUUUUUCCAUUGUCGUAGGAACUUUGCCUUGUACGGUGUCAUCGACGCGUCUGUGAUGUCAUAAGAUCCCGAUGAGGUUAGAGAACGUGCACCUUGUUCUUUUAGGGCAACCAGGCGCUCUCUUCUCCCACUCGUCGUUCCAUAGACUGCCAUGUUGUUGCCACUCUCCCAACUCUGUCGCCGCUCCUACCGGUCGUUCCGCUUGGCUCGCGCCCCAAUCAGCUUUGGAUCACAUGCGCAUCUUUACCCACGAGAAACUCGGCCCGUCUCAUCCACAUUCGCCGUCUACAACAACGCCUCGAAUGGGUCGCAAUCUGGGCGUGAUAAGCCGAUCGAGCACACCACCGAUACCUAUACGAAAGACGAGUUUAUACCUUCUUCGGACUCGUCCGUACAUCAAGUCGACAGCAACUCGGAUGCCGUGCAGCGCCCUUUCGAAGCGGUUUCAGGGAAAUGGAGUCGCGCGGGAACGCAGACAGAGGAGUACAGGCAUGUCGACCACGAAGAACCGUAUGAUGCGCCGGCGGAGGACGGCGAGAAGGUGAAGGGAGAGAGGCUGCGGUAUGGUGGGAAGGAACAAUACGGCCGGGAGAAGGCGCCUGAGACGAGUCAGCCCGACGACGGUCCGCAGGGAAAGGCCGCGGGUGGGCGCAAACCGGAAGGCAGAACAUGAAAGUCGAACGAAUUGGCCAUGGGCCAGCGGUAAGGGUGACGAUUUGUGCCCAGUCUGUUUAGGCUUAUACCCAGAUACAAUUCCGUUACUCACGGUCGUCAGGACAUGGAAAGGGGGAGCGAGGAGCGACUGUACGAGUACGAAGUGGGGAACUUCAAGGGCGGGCCUGAUGUAUUUUUUUUGCUGCCGUUCACCGUUUGUAAAAUACGCGACACAAUGGGUAUAAAGGCGCCACAGGAAUAUCC